AUGACUUCUCCGCAGAAGACUCUUAAAGUUGGCGUCGUUGGUAUUGGUCGGAUGGGCCAACGGCAUGCCAUCAACGUUCUGAAUCUGGUUUCCCGGGCCAAACUGGUUUGCGUGUGCUCUCCAGCCAAGGCCGACUUGGACUGGGCCGAUCAGUACCUAAAGCCUCAUGGUGUAAAAGUCUACGCUACUUUUGAAAAGAUGAUUGAGACCCCUGGCCUUGAAGCGGUCAUCAUCUCAUCCAUCACAGAGCUGCAUUUGCCUCAUACGUUGGCCGCAUUCAAUAAAGGAAUCCACGUUCUUUGCGAGAAACCCAUCUGUCGAUCUGUCACGGAGUUGGAGGCUCUUUGCGAACACGUGGAAUCAAACCCGGAGACCCAAGUCAUGGUUGCGUUCUCCAGGCGCUUCGACGAUAGCUAUCAAGAUGCAGAGGCAAAAGUCAAGGCAGGCGCCAUUGGCAGGCCCUUCGUCUUCCGGUCUCACGGAUGCGAGAAGCUCGACCAGAGCCCAUUCUUUCAUCAGUACCUGAAGAACUCCGGCGGCAUCUACUUUGACUGUGCCAUCCACGAUAUUGACUUGUCGCUGAUGUUCCUGGGCGAGGACUCUGUGCCCAAGUCUGUUUCGGCCGUUGGCACCGCGGCCUUUUUCCCGGACCUCGCAAAGACAGGAGACGCGGAUAACGCAGUUGGCGUGUGCGAGUUCUGGGACGGCAAGAUGGCCCACUUCUACCACUCGAGGAGUUCUUCGCACGGCUACGACAAUGUCACCGAGAUCUUUGGUAUGACGGGGAAGUUGACGGUGAAUUCGACGCCGAGGAAGAACCGGGUGGAAAUCUGCGACACGGACGGGUUCGUCAAGGUUGAACCGACGCCAUCGUGGUAUGACAGAUACAUAUCGGCGUUUGUUGUGGAGGCGAAUGCGUUCGUGGACGCUAUCCUUGAUGAGAAGCCCCUGCCCAUUCCAUUGCGUUCUACUGUUACGUCUCUCCGAAUAGCAACGGGGCUUCAGGAGAGCCUGAGAACCGGUCAAAAGGUUUAUUUCAACCGGCAGGGCCAGGCAACGAGCUCAAAGCUUCCUUCACUAUAA